GUUCAUUUGAGGAAGUGCAUCGAGCAAUGCGAACACAACCGUAAGCGGUAAUACACCAUUUCAUCCCUUCACCGAGGGUGGUCUUGUGUGGUGUGAUCUACCUGCGAGCCCAAAAAAGGGUCCUCAUACUGCUUGGCCACGGAUAAAGCGAAGAAAAAUGGCGCUGAAAAUGUACGCCAAAGUGGACGAUCGGAAAGCGGCCGGUGACACUCAACGGCAGAACAACUGGUUCGCAUGGAUUGGUGCAGCAUUUUUGCUGGAACCGAAACACAGCAACAUUAUGCCUUGCUUGGACAUUAGUAAUGAAUGCUCCAUUUGUCAGCAUAACAUUAUCGGCACACAGCGGCUGGAAACACUUUGUGGCCAUACGUUCCAUCGACAUUGUUUGAUGGUUUGGAUGCGCACGUACGCCUUCUGCCCGGACUGUCCCCGAAGGAUGUAGCUUAUUAGGCGUGAUUAGCCACCCUGCGCCACAACGAACGCGACGACGGUUAAACAAUUGUGACGGUCAACGAGAAAUGAAUGAUUGGCAAACGGAGUGAAUAUGUGUGGACAAACCGCUUCCUGCUUUUUAUCCGUGAGAUUAAGUAGCUUUUCGCUGCAAGUGUUUAUAUUAAGUUUCCUUCUUCGUCGACCUGCUUUCUACGUACCGCGAAGUAUUAUACUCUGCUUAUUAUUACUUUU